AUGUAUAGAGGAGGUAGAAAGGAGGCUGUCAAAGGUAAUUGCAAUAAAUAUGAAUGUAUGAAAAGUAAAGAUGAAAAGAAUACACAAGGUGAUACAUCUAUGUGUGUUAACAUUUCGUAUCACAUCAGAAAAUUAUUUAGUUAUUGUGAUGCAGAUAUAUUAAGGAUAGAAAAUAAUUUGAUCAUAUAUAACAGUUUAAUUGAUAAUAUAAAAAAGAAUGGAAAUAAAAUAAUAAAAAAAGACGUGGAAAAAAUAAUCAGAGAAAAAGAAAAAAAUGAAAAAUACUGCUUAACCGAAAUGAAUGAAGAGGAAUAUAAGAUAAAUAAUUUUGAUUUAAAAAAAGUAGAACUGGAUUUUAAAUUUAUUGAAUGUAGUUUAUGUUUUGAAUUAAUAAAAUUUGUAUGUGUACAAGAAUGUAAUCAUACUUAUUGUUUUUUAUGUUUUUAUCGUUUGUUAUAUAUGCAAAAAAAAGAAACGGACGUAGAAAAUAAUCAAACCACAACAAGUACUUCUCGUGAAAAUAACCGAAUUUUCAAUAAUCGAUAUUUAAAUUAUGAAAAUAAUAAUUCUCGUUUAGGUAAUAGAAAUGUUUACGCAAAUCAAAAUGAUCAUAGGGUGAGAGUAGUGGAUGCAUUUAUAGACACUAAUCAAUUAUAUAAUGAUAGACGAAAGGAUGGAAAAGAUGAAAAAUAUAACUACGAAUUUGAUAAAAACACAAUGAAAUGUCCAUUUUGUAAAGAGAAAAAUGAAUAUAUAUUUUUUUGUUUAAAUAAUUUCUACACAUACUUUACCUAUGAUAACUUGCUACACACACUUCUUGAAAAAGAAGAUCAUGAGCGUUAUGUAAGUCAAGAAUCAACUCAGCUUGUGGAUCAUAAUGAAAAUUAUCCUAAUAGGUUUGAUAUACAUGAGAACAGCAUGAGUAAUACAAUCCAUUCGAUUACCCAUGCAGAGUGUACACACAACAGAGAUGUAACAGAAAAUAGAGGAAAUAUUUGCAUAGUCAAUACAUGUCAUCUUCGCAAGGAGGAUGUUGCAAAAGGAAUAAACACAUUUGGAAUAUCAGAAAAAAGUAAAGAAAAUAACACCAAGAGCAGAGAGAAUUAUUCUAUGAUUACAGAGAAUAAUACCAAGAGCAGAGAGAAUAAUUCUAUGAGUACAGAGAAUAACAACACUAACAAUGAACAUACAAAUUUUAUGACAAAAAAUGAUUUUAAAAAGGCGUUUUCGUCCCAUUAUGAUGAUAUAAUAAUUUUAAGAAAUAUUUUAAAAAAAAAUAAGAGCAAUGGAAAUGACGAGUCAAGCAACAACUUACUAAAAAAAAAUGAAAACAUGUACUUGUUUUUAUAUUAUGAAAAAUAUAUUAAAAGAAAAAGAGAAAAAAUAAAAUAUUUGUUAAACGGAUGUGUGAGUUCUGAAAAACGAUAUGCAUUUUAUUCGAAAAUAUUUGUAGAUACAGAAAAGAAAAUAUUUUUCGAAUAUUUCUAUAUUUACAGUUUAUCAACACUUUUGACAAGUUACGCAUGUUUAUUAUCCCCAUGUAUUGAACAUUGGAUCCAAAUUCAAAGCAAAAAAGUGGAAAAAUAUAAACAAAAUCAUAAAACAGAUAAAUAUUUUCAUCAGAUUUAUGUAAAUAAUGAAAGAGAUAUAUUAAGAAAAAAAAACGAUUCCAUAUAUGAUAAGUAUCAACAAUAUACAAAAAAAAUACAUUAUAUAAAAGAUGAUGAAUCAGAAUUAUCAGAUGACUAUUUCAGAGUUAUCGAUAUUUUUUCAAAAGUAUGUUUUACAAAUUUAGAUAAUAUAAACAAUAUAAAUGUUUUAAAAAAUUAUUGCCACAAGAGAUUAAAUGAUUUAUGUAGACAUAUGAACGAACAUAACAAAACAUAUUGUGAUGUUUGUGUCGGUAACAGUGAUAACAUUUUUCUAUUUGAAUAUAAUAUAUUUUUUAAAAAAUAUAUAAAAACACACAUAGAAAAUGGAGAAAAAAUUGCAGAAAAUAAGUUUAAAAUAAGGCAUAUUUAUUGCCACCUCUGUGGAUUUUAUCUCUACGAUUUUGAUACGUUCAUGAACCAUAUAAAUAAAUAUCACUUCUUUUGCAAGUUUUGCUUUAACAAAAAAAAUAUUAACGAUACCAAGGAGUCGGAAAAAACGAACAUGCAGGACGACAUUGUAUACUAUGAUCAGCUGCACUUGCAUGUUUACAAAGAUUAUGAAAAUCUGUUUGAGCACUACAAGAAGAAACAUCACCCGUGCUUGUACGAACAGUGCAUUUUUGUUGUUUUCGACAAUAAGAUAGAUUUGUGUUUUCACUUAGCGGAGAAACACGAGGAAAAAGGAAGUAACAAGAAAAAUAAGAUAACAUUUUCCAUAGCCGGUGCCUCAUACAAUGAAAUAAGAAAGAACAUACAAAGUGAAGGUGGCAGUAUUAACACUGGUGCUAGUAGGCACAGUAACAACAUAGAGAGGAAUGUACAAACGGGUUCUACGAGUUUGAACAAAAACUGGAUGGAAGAAGAUUGUGUAGGAGAGACUACAGAAGAUAUUGACGUGAAUAGACACAAAUGCAUAUACAAUUUUAAAAAAUUUCAUGACUCAUGGUAUUUUGACUAUUUUAUAGAAUGCAAGGUUAUGGAUUUUUUAAAAUAUUUUAGCAUUAAUGAAAAAAUUUAUUUUUUAUACAUAAUAAUGAGAGAUAUGGAAAUAAUAUUAAAAAUAUUUGAAAAUUUGUGUAACAAGAAAAAGACUGAGUUAUAUUUUUCCCAAGAAGAAAUAAUAGAAGUAAACAAAAAGAUAAUAGAACAAGAUUUUCCCCAAGACCGAAAUAAUUUUUUUCACGUAAAAUUAUUUUUCGAUUAUAUAAUUGAGAAAACAGAAUAUUUGCUAUACAAUAAAGAAGAUUUAGAGAAAAAUUACUUGCACUUAUUUUUUAACAUAAUAAUUAAUAGAUCUUUUAUAUUUUAUUAUUCCUUUUUUUAUAUGUACAUCAAAUCAAGACACAUACGUCUAGACAAGGUAAUCAACCAUAUCAGUUCAACAGGCAACACUACUACUGUUACUACGUCUGCUGAUGGGAUAUUAGAUGAUCAUGUUAAGGGAAAUACAAAUGCAAAUAGCGUAAAAAUAAUGGACAUUUUUAAGUGUGAAUAUGAGAUAACUGAAUUUAAGAAGCGGAUAGAAGCAGAUACUAACAUUUCCCCAAUAAAAUUGAGUAAAUAUGGGUUCUUAUAUUUAGUUUUCUUUUUUUUUAAAAUUGACAAACAUGGGUUUGAAAAUGUGUGUGCCUUAGUGAGAAAUAUUUCUAACGUGUGCAAUCAGGUAUAUAAUAACGCAGCAAAUGAUCUGAAGAAAGCAGGUGCUGCUCAAGCAGGGCGAGAUAAGCACGUAGGGAAAAAUGUACAGAAUGGAGGAAAACAGAAAUCCGAUAUUUUAAAAGGUAACACAGAUAGCCAUAAGAGUAGCAACAUAAUGAUAGCGCUGCCUGCACGGCAACCUGAAAAAGUGAAGAAGGAAUUAAAAAAUUGCAAUACAUUGUUGGAUGCAAUUAACAGCAAAUGUGAUUUAAACGAAUUGGAAGAUAUCAACCAACUAAUUAAAAGGAGUAUGAAAAGGAAAAAUCCAAAUAAUAAUAUAAUUAACAAUAUAUAUGAUAAAAAAUGGGAUGUGUCGAAAAAAGUUGUUUUAGAUUUGUUAUAUUAUAUAAAACCUAACUUAAAUUUAGUUUCUUUUUUUUAUUUAUUUUUAAGUAAUUAUUUUUCUGCUUAUAUGAAAGAACCUUGUAUUAAUAAGUAUAUUAAUAUUUCCAGUGAAAAUAAAAAAAAAAUCAUAAAGAGGAUGAUGUCGAACGAUGCAGACUUGUCUUCUUUAACAAAUAUUUCAAAAAACUUGAGCUCUUUUGUUAAUGCAAAAGCACUAGAGGAGUGUUUGUCCACGGGACCAGAGUAUUAUAGAAUUAGAAAGGAUAUAGAAAUUAUUUUGCACAAAUUACGCUCAGAACAAACGGAAAGGCGAAAUCAUCAAGAUAGUACAGAUAGGAAAGAUAGUCUAUAUAAACGUGAAGACAAUGAUAAACUGGAUAAGAAUCGAAGUGGAGCAAUGUGGAAUAAUAAACGAGACGGAUGGAAAGAAAAACCUCAGAGAGAAAAAAUAUCACAAUCGAAAACCAUGGACGACAUCAGAUUGAAUGUAAACCUGUAUGAUGUGUCACAUUCAUUAAGAAAUCGAUUUUUGAACAUAAUAAAAAGCACAAAGGUAAAUGAACUGUACCUUAUUUAUUUCUAUGUAAGUACCAUCUUAUCAUCUAGUAAUCCCUCCUCUACUACUGUACCAAAAACGGUAGAAGAAUUUCCCAUGCUAAAAGAGAAAGUCAAACGUAUUGAUGAAUCAUAUGGAGUAGAAACCACUUCUAUGAAUGCCAUUUCGAGUGGAUUAUCUCAGGGAAGUAAGAGUACGAAGAAAAAUACAAUGAAUUCCACAAGCAGGAGUGUGGGAAGAAAAUGUGCAUCAGUAGGAAGAAAUAAUAUUACACCAUCUAUAAGCUCAAGUUCGUACAAAAAUAAAGUCGAUAAAAAAGAGGAAUUUUCAACAAACUCUGCGAAAGUAAAUAUAGAUUUUGAAUUUCCUCCUUUGCCGGAUCAGAAACAGGAAGAAAUGGUUUCCCAAACGCCAUCAAAAAGUAGUGGUAAAAAAAAAAAAGUAACUAAAGAACUUUCUCAAAUUGUAAAGAAUGUUGUGACUACAGAUAAGAUUAUAACCAAUAAGGUCAUAACUAACAAUGUGAAGAAAAAAAAAGAAAAUGAAUCUAGUUUUGAAACAACGACCAAAAAUAAUAGGAGAACACCAGAUUUUAAUUAUACCAAUUUUCCACUGUUACCCACGAACAACAUAGAUUCUAAUGAAAUAAAAAAUAAUAAAACUAAAAAUAAGAAGAGUGAAGAAAAAGUAAAUAAGAACAAAAAGUCUAUGUCCAUCAUCAUGUCUAAAGAAAAGACGACAUAUUCACAUAAAAACAAGAACGAACGUGAUAUUCAGAACAUGUUUAAUAGUUUACAAAAUUCCUCGUCUCCCAUUUCUCUAGGCUGUGUGGAUGGAAACAACAACAAAAAACAAAACGAUAUUAAUAUUAUAAACCAUUCAAUUACUAACAAUGUGAAUAAUAAAAAUAAGACAUUGAAGCAAAAGGGAGAAAGUUCUAAAAAUAAAAAUAAUAUUGACGAUCAUGUUUCUCCUCUUUCCUCCUUCCCACAUAAGAAUAUGUCAUACUUAAGUGUGUCUGAAAGUAAUGUUACUUAUACGAUUAAAAGGAAAAAUAAGUUAAAGAGAUGUAACAUGUGUACAUACGAUAAUCCCCAUGAGCGAACGAGGUGUGAGUUGUGUGAAAGUCCCUUGUGA